AUGGUGAGAAAGAGUAAAGGUCGUCAGAAAAUAGAGAUGGUCAAAAUGCAAAAUGAAAGUAAUCUUCAAGUUACUUUUUCAAAAAGAAGAUCAGGGCUUUUCAAAAAAGCUAGUGAACUUUGCACACUUUGUGAUGCAGAGGUAGCUAUUAUUGUUCACUCACCAGGUCAAAAAGUUUUUUCUUUUGGUCAUCCAAAUGUUAAAACUGUAAUUGAUCGGUUUGUAGACAAUGACCCUCCAACUCCUCAACAACAUGGAAGUAUGCAGCUUAAUGAGAUCCGUCGAAAUUCUAACAUUCGAGAUCUCAACAAUCAACUUACUCAGUUAACGAACCAAUUGGAAUCAGAGAAAAAGAAGAAUGAAGAUCUAAAGAAAAUAAGAAAAAAUUCUCAAGUGCCUGAGAGAUGGUGGGAAAAACCCAUUGAAGAACUUGAUUUAGCUCAGGCUAAACAAUUUAAAAGCAGACUUGAAGAAUUGAAGAGAGAAGUAACAUUGGAAGCCUCCAAAAUGUUUCAAACAGCUGGUCCUCAACAAAACUUCUAUGCUGGAAGUUCCAGUCAUGCUCCUUUUGGGGUUAAUAAUGGUAACAAUUUCAACCUCAAUUUAGACCAGCUUAAUCAAAGAAGAAUGGUGGAUAUGAAUGCAUUCUACAACCAGAACAUGCUUGUCUCUAAUCGUCCAUUACCGUUUGGAAACAAUUUUCAUGGUAAUGCUGCAGAAAUAUCUGUUCCAGAAUAUAAUAUGACUAGACCAGGGUACAAUCAGAACCAAAACCUGAACUUCAGAGGAGAAAACAUCAGUGAAAAUGAAGGUUAUCAUGGUGGUUAUCCACCAGAAUCUGGUUCUGGUUACUAA